CAUAGCAUACACUACACACUUACUCGAUCAGCAAUUCAACUAGUGUAAUUCUUUAGAGAAAGGACAUGCUGUGAGACAACACGGUAGGGAGUCUGUGUGGCGGCCAUCAGCUCUACAAUGUCAAACAUUUAUACAAUAAGAGCUAUUCUCUGUGGUCAGUGGUCAUCCAGUGAAAGACUAGAUGGCAAAACAGUUAUCAUUACUGGAGCCAAUGCUGGCAUUGGCAAAGAGACAGCACUGGACCUGGCAAAGAGAGGGGGCAGGAUAAUCUUGGCCUGCAGAGACUUGGACAGAGCUGAGGCGGCACAGAGAGAGAUCAUUGAGAACUCUGGAAACCUCAACAUUGUGACCAGAAAGAUGGAUUUGUCCGACACAAAGUCCAUUAGAGAAUUUGCAGAGUUAAUCAACAGGGAGGAGAAACAAGUGAACAUUCUUAUCAACAAUGCUGGGAUCAUGAUGUGUCCAUACUCUAAGACCGCAGAUGGCUUUGAGAUGCAGUUUGGAGUGAACCAUUUGGGUCACUUUCUGCUCACCUUCCUGCUGAUUGAUCUGAUAAAGAGAUCCAGACCAGCCAGAAUCAUCAACCUGUCCUCCAUGGCUCACAAAUGGGGUAGGAUCCAGCUAGAGGACAUCAACAGUGAGAGGAGCUACCACUCCAGAAGAGCAUAUGGACAGAGCAAAUUAGCCAACAUCCUGAGUACACGGUCCCUGGCCAAGAGACUAAAGGACACUGGAGUGACAGUUUAUGCAGUCCACCCAGGAAUAGUGAGGACUGAGCUGAAGAGACACAUGAAUUUAGCCCUGCUGAUAUCCUGGAAAAUUGUCAGACCUUUCACCAAAACGAUUGUACAAGGUGCCCAGACCUCGAUAUACUGUGCUGUGGAGCCAGAGCUGGAGACAGAGAGCGGUGGAUAUUACAGUGACUGUAAACCCUCCAGCUGUACCAGGGCUGCCAGGGAUGACGAGGUGGCUCAGAAACUAUGGGAACUCAGCUGCCAAAUGCUUGGGAUAACAUGGGACUGAACAUCAUCCUUGAAUAUCAUCAUAGAUAGGCUAGAAUACACAGUGCUUGACUUGGAAUGAAAUCGGUCCAUUAGACUAUGUUCACAGAAAUGCCCAAAUGGCAUUAGCCUAUGCUAUCGAGACCUGAUUAUUCAGUGUUAAGGGUUCAUACACAGUUUGACAGAUAGAAUUUCAUGACUUUUCCAUGACAUUUAACCACAUUUCCAUGACCAAUAAUUGGUGGCGUCUCUAUGUAGCCUACAUGAAAGAGUCAGCAUAAAUGUGAUAUUGACACUAGAAGGGUGCUGGUUUCUGAUCCCAUGUAGGCUCCUGUCGUUGUGCCAUUGAUCAAGGCACUUAACCCCCCACAAAGUAGAAUAACUGCACUGUUAAGCUAUUGUAUAAAACACGUGGUCAACCCUCCAUCUGGAGAGCUACUGGGUGUGCAGGCUUUUGAUCCAGCCCUGAAACACAGCCGAGUUUGCUUAUCAAGGUCCUGUUGAGCAGCUGAUGUUUAGGCUACAAUCCCACUGGACACAGACGUUCAUUCAACGUCUAGUCCACAUCUGUUCAACGUAAUUUCAUUGAAAUGACGUGGAAACAACGUUGAUUCAAGUGUGUGCCCAGUGGGAAUGUGAUGUGUUAGAGCGGGGCUCGAACAAAAGCCUGCACAAGACAUUAAGAACACCUGCUCAUUCCAUGACUGACCAGGUGAA